UCGAAUUCGUGAGAGCGCUGAUUUCGGUUUCAAAGAGGCGAGGCGAUAAAAGCGACGUCUUGAGAUGGCGGAAACUGCUCCUGCUCAACCACCAGCUGCGGCUACUUCAGCGCCUAAAAGCCCCAAGAAGAAGCGCGCCGCUCCAAAGGCCAAGAAGGUCGGCCCCAGCGUGUCCGAGCUCAUCCUCAAGGCUCUGGCCAGCAGCAAGGAGAGGAACGGCGUGUCUCUUCCUGCGCUCAAAAAGUCGCUUGCUGCCGGAGGAUACGACGUGGAGAAGAACAAUGCCCGCGUGAAGUUGGCCAUCAAGAAGCUCGUGGCCAAAGACGCCGUGGCGCAAGUGAAGGGCAGCGGCGCGUCUGGCUCUUUCAAACUCAACAAGGAAAAGGCUGCCGCAAAGGCGAAGCCCAAGUCGUCAACGGCAAAGCCCGCAGCUAAAAAGCCCGCGGCAGCCAAGAAGGUGAAGAAGCCCGCGGCAGCCAAGAAGACCGCGCCCAAGAAGUCUCCCAAGAAAGCAAAGAAGCCCGCGGCUGCCAAGGCGGCCAAGAGCCCCAAAAAGGUGAAGUCGGCUGUUAAGCCCAAGAAGGCGGCGAAGAGCCCAGCCAAGCCCAAGGCUGCGAAGCCCAAGGUCGCUAAGCCCAAGACCGUCAAGGCCAAGGCCGCCAAACCCAAGGUGGCCAAGCCCAAGAAGGCCGCGGCCAAGCCCAAGAAGACUGCGCCAAAGAAGUGAAUCCGAUGGGACGACCGACGCUCGAUUCACUCCACCUCAACGGCUCUUUUCAGAGCCACCCACUUCGUUCAAAAAGUGAACCAGAUGCUGCUGCGCUUCAAUUAGUUCAAAUUAACUGUGUAACAUUUCACCCACUCGAUGUGUUUUAAGCAUUGAUGUGAUGGGAGUGAUCGAGCCCGAAAGCAGGGAUCACAAACACAGGCGAGGCGGGUGGCAGCUCCCUCACUCGAACUGAGUGCAGAGUAAUCUCAGCGACGUCAGCAUUCUCGCUGGCGAUUCUAAUCUAAAUCCAGAUUCAAAAUGAUGCAUUGACGAAUCUCCAAUUUUGAUUAUGUGUUGCACCUCUUCAUUCCGUCAUCAUGUUACUGGUGCCAAAUAUGGAAUUUAGUCUAAAAAUGUAUUGAUUCCAGACAGCUUUACUCAAUUUGCCUUCAUUCGCUCAUUCCGCCUUUUCACUUUGUUUUUGUUUUGUAAACAUU